GCCCCUUAAUAACAUCCCCUCCAGUGUGGCCCUUAUGAUGUCAGCUGAUGACCUCAGCUCUUCAAAACACCUAAGCCCAGCCUAGCCUGGAGCCCUUGGUCAGGUGGCCCUCUCCCCACCUCAAGGAAUGUGCCACUAAAUGACAGUUCCAAUGGGAGGUUGGCACGCCCCACCCUUGGCAUCAUGGACGAUGCUGCUGUGCUUAAGAAAAAAGGUUAUAUUUUGGGGAGCAUCUUGGGCGAGAGCUCCUUCGCCAAAGUGAAAUCGGCUUACUCGGAGCGCCUGAAAAUCAAUGUGGCAGUGAAGAUCACCGACAGGAGGAAAGUUCCCAACGAGUUCCUGGAGAAAUUUCUCCCACGGGAGCUGGAGAUCUUGUCGACCGUGAACCACUGCUCCAUCAUCAAAAUCUACGAGAUUUUCGAGACGGCUGGGAAAGUCUACAUCGUGAUGGAACUUGGUGUCCAGGGGGAUUUAUUAGAGUUUAUUAAGAGCAACCGGGGACUGCCCGAGGAAGUGGCCUGCCGGAUGUUCCGCCAGCUGUGUUGCGCCGUCAAAUACUGCCACGACUUAGACGUGGUCCACCGCGACCUGAAGUGCGACAAUAUCCUGCUCGACAAGGACAUGAACGUCAAGCUGUCGGAUUUCGGCUUCUCCAAGCGGUGUUUCCGAGACGGGAACGGGAAAAUCUUACCCAGCGAGACGUUCUGCGGCUCGGCGGCUUACGCCGCUCCGGAGGUCAUCCAGGGGAUUCCUUAUCACCCCAAAGUUUACGACAUGUGGAGCUUAGGGGUGAUCCUCUACGUCAUGGUCUCCGGGUUCAUGCCGUACGACGAUUCGAACGUCAAACGGAUGCUCCGUCUGCAAAAGGAGCACCGGAUCCUGUUCCCCGAAUUUCUGAGCCUGGAAUGCAAAGAUCUCAUUUUCCACAUGCUCCAGCCGGAUGUCUCUCACCGACUACGGGUCGAAGAAGUUCUGAACCACCCUUGGGUGCAAGGCAAACACCUGAAACCCUUCAAAUUGCGAGAUUAG